GAACUUUGAACCUUUUUUUUGCCGAUAAAAUAUGUUGAAGCUGAGGGUGUUCGCUCGUCCGUUGCUAGGUAACGUUUGUUAGGUGGCGCUCGAUACAACUAGCAAGACUGCUAAAACUUCAAUAUUUAGUAGCUUAUCUCACGUUCAUCAAUAAACCAAUAGUUUUCUGGCUUUAACGAGCAAUUCUCCAGUGACUUGUAAAACAACAUGGAUCUUGAACCAAAUAAUGUUCCACCGCUUCAACUUGCGGCUGUUACGGGGUUUAACGGACAAGUGCGCUUCGGCAUGAGGCUUCAUCCGGACAGAGAGCACAUCAUCUAUCCUCUGGGUUGUACGAUCGUUCUGAGAAGAGUCAAAGAUGACUUGAAGAACUUCCUGCAUGGCCACACGGGCGAGGUAUCCUGUGUCUCCAUGUCCAAAAGUGGAACAUAUAUUGCUUCAGGAGAGAUCAAUAGCCAAGGCUUUGAGGCUGAGAUACUGGUCUGGGAUUAUACGGCACGGUCCAUCUACACCCGCUUUCAAAUCCACGAGGGAAAAGUAGAAGCGUUGGCCUUUUCUCCCACCGACAAAUACCUGGUUUCCCUUGGGGGUCAGGAUGAUGGCAGAAUACUCUUAUGGAGCAUCGAAUCUAAGCAGGCCAUUUGUUCAGCCCCAGCUUUACCACUCAGUUUAUGUCACCGCCUCACCGUCAAGUUCUCCAACACAAACGACAACAUGUUUGUUUCUGCUGGCAGGGCAACAUUGCAGAUCUGGGAGCUGGACGAGGCAAACAAGAUCAGACCUUCAGACUGUCAGCUUCGCAAGCUGAAGAGGACUGUCAAAUGCAUUGAGUUUUCAGCCGAUGAUGAGUUUAUGUUCUGCGGCACCACCAGUGGAGACAUCUUGAAAAUACAAACCAAGACACGAUAUCUGAACAACUACGGCCCGGUUAAAACAAAACACAGUCUGGGCGCCAAUGUCCUGAAAGUAACAUGUACAGGUGAGCUGGUUGUUGGUUCUGGAUUCGGCAACUUGACGCUGUGUUCCGCUUCUAACUUCAAAGCUAUCAAACACAUCCAGCUGAGCAACGGGGUGACCUCGAUCGCUCUCAAAGACGACGGCCUGCACUUCUUUGUCGGCACAGAUGCUUCUCAGAUCUACUGCAUCAAUUAUGAGACCUUCUCAGCUGAGCUCAUCUCCACCAGCCAUCAUGGACCUGUCAAAGACCUCUCCAUCGCUUUUGGGUCAUCUAUGUUGUUUGUCACCGGCUCUGAGGAGGACAUCCGGGUAUGGCACAUAGACAAGCCCAAAGAGCUGCUAAGAAUCCCUGAACCCUGCAUGACGUGUAACGCUGUGCACUUGAUGGUUGACGGACACAGCAUCGUUAGUGGAUGGAGUGAUGGAAAGAUUCGUGUGUUCACUCCGCAGAGUGGCCGCCUCUUGCUCAUCAUUCACAAUGCGCACAGAAACGGUGUGACGGCCAUGAAGGGGUCUAGGGACUGUCAGAAGAUUGUCAGUGGGGGGCAAGAAGGACAGGUGUGUGUUUGGGAGCUGCUGAAGCACGGCCACAAGCGCUUGGCGUUCUUGACGGAGCACAAAAGCGCCGUCACAUGUGUCCAAAUCAAGAGCGACGACAAGGAGUGUGUCACCGCCAGCACCGACGGAACCUGUAUCAUCUGGGACAUUGUGAAAUUUGUUCGAAUUCAGAAGAUAAUCGCCAAAAACACAUUAUUCCGGACUGUGUGCUACCACCCUGAGGAACACCAGGUUGUUACCAGUGGCACCGACAAAAAGAUCAUCUACUGGGACGUGCACGACGCCACGCCAAUCAGAGAACUGCAGGGCGUGCAGACGUCGGCCAUCAACUGUAUGUUCAUCACCCAUGACGGCAGACACAUUGUGACAGGUGGAGACGACAAGAUAGUGAGGGUGUGGGACUACAUGGAGGGCACGGUAACCCACGUGGGCGUCGCUCACGGCGGAAGUAUCACCAGCAUUAAGGUGUGUUGCAACAACAGCACUCUGAUCAGCAGCAGCGCCGAUGGAGCCGUCAUGCGCUGGAAGUUCCCUCACCCCGUUUUGGAUUGAUGUGGAACUGGGCAAGCAACAAUCCGUAUGAGCAAAUAUUAUUACGAGGGAUGCAGUAUUCAGUUAAAUGAGAUUCACAUUGAAAUUAUUCUCAUUACAAUUAAAUGCAGACGUCUGUCGAUGUAAGCACCAUGCAGUACAGUAUAAUACAUGCAGAUUAUAUUCGGAUGUACAGUAUAUAUUAACAUUAAAGAUUCUGGUUGAAAGCGGGAGAGAACAUACAGUAUCUUCCUCAUCUGAAUCUAUUCUCGUGCAAAGACACUAAUUUAAAUAUAGGAGUGCAUCAGUUUUCGUUAUAAAUCCGCUGCAAAAGGUCGGGUGAAAUCCAAACAGUAUAAAAAAAUGAAACAAUGAAAAUCCAAAUCCCAACGCAAACACUUUUUAUACAGUAGAGCUGAUGUAUUCACAAAGCUUUUCAUUUGGCCUGCUAAACAUCACCCAAAUAGGCUUGAUGAAACCAUUCAAACUAGGCGUUUUGGCACCAGCCGCUAGACUAGAUCUGACCAAUCUAAGUCUAAGACUGGAUCUGACCAAUCUACCGGAAUUUCCAGACUAUAAGGCACACUUGAAAUCCUUUUUUUUCUCUCAAAACUCGACAGUUCACCUUAUAACAGUAGAUGGCAGUCAAACAUAAGAGAUACGUGCAGACUGCAAUAUAAUGGCAGUCACACACGAGAGAUACGUGUAGACUGCAAUAAGAAUCAAGUAAACAACGCCAACAUUUUAAAUGUUCCAUUGAAAAUAUAGAACAUUACACAUGGCGCUCAAAAAUCUAUCAAAAUGUUUUAGUGCGACUUUGGUAAGCUAUGAAGCUUGAUGGAUUGUACUGUGCUUCAACAUACGAGUAUUAUUAUGGUGUGUGUAUAAGGUAAGGCAUAUUAUCUGGCGUUUUGUUUCACAAUGUUACGCAAAAGUAACUUUUUUUACCUGCUGAUCUGUAUUUGGUAUCUGCAUAAGUCCUGAAAAAUUGCGCGUGUCCGCCUUUGUAGUCCGUGACGACACCGUAGUCGAUAAGCUUCUUCUUUUUCUCCAUCUUCUUGUUAUGGGACAUUCAUCCUCCACUGUUGCCAUUUCUAAUAUACAGUAGUGUAAAGUUCUUACUUAUAUUUGCCAUGAAAGCGUUAAAACAUACCGGUGUAGUGAGUUUACAUUAUUCACCCAAGGAACUUUAGUUAUUAGAGAGUUCCGGUCGGACGUUUUUUCUCGGGACACAUUACUGGCGGAUGAGGAGAUGCUGCUCUGUUAUUGAUUUAAGUGAAGUCUGAAUGUCAUUAAAACAGUUAGCUCCAUCUUUUGACACUUC